GAUGUUCACUCCUCCUUUCCUUCAGCCGCAUCAAGGAAUCUCAUCUAUAUCGGCUGCUCUUUCUCCAUCGUGUGUUUAUUGAUAACACUGCUCGCCAAUGUCCUAAACAAACAUGAUAGCAAUGAACAUGGGAAACAGUCUCGUUGGAUACUCCUGUGGCUAUGCUGUACCCUAUUGUGUUUAUACAUCACCUUCAUCAUCAUCAUUGAAUUGGAUGCAUAUCCUGACGUCCCGGAGGUUGACACCGGCCCCUGUUGAUUCCUUUCCGGUCUCAUUCAAUACUUCUCCAUCUCAUCCUUAGCUUGGAUAGGCUUGGAGAGUCUCGACAUCUACUUUUCUGUAUCCAGUUCCAACAUUCCGCGCUUCAUGGUUAAAGCUGGACUUGUAGCAUGGGGUAUUCCCGGACUAAUAGUCACCCUGACUGGUGCAGUUGCUCGAAGGAACUAUGUAACAUCGGACUACUGCUUCCUUCAGUUUUGGCCAUUGGUUUGCGGUCUUCUGAUACCAGCUUCAAUUAUCAUCCUCUUUACAAUCGUCACGUUCAUCCUCUCUGUUCAUGAGAUGAAGCGAUCUGGGGAGUUAGUCAUCAAACAGGGUGAUAAUACUUCACCACGAGGAAGGGCCAUGGGACGUCUCAAGGAUGUCUUCUGCAUCUCCACCUUGAUCAUCAUGUCUUGGGUCGUGGGAUGCAUUACCCUGAUCAAACCAGCCAUCUUUGGGAUCCAGGUUCUCUUCAUCACUCUGAACUUUCUCCAAGGCUUCUUCUUUCUUAUCCUCUACUGCAGCUUUCGGCCUGAUCCCUUGUGGCAGACGAUUCCCUGUCUUCGGUGAUGUCAAGAAGAACAGGCCGUAUCUUACGGAAAUAUGCGAGAGGACACUCCGUCCGAUGGCGGCCGUACGCCAGCAUCACCUGCUAAUAAUAAAGACACGGGUAACCAAGUAUUUCAGAGUGAAGUCCAAACAACGAGUCUUUCACUUUGAUGAGAUAGGCAUCGACGCUUCUGUAGAAAAAAAGAUAAUGGAAACCUCUUUUAGCUAAUAGAAUUUCGAUUUAAGACCUAUAUUUCAAUCAAAUAGCUUUUCCAUUAAUUUUUUUUUGUCCAAAUGUAUAGAUGAUGUAGGCUAUUACAAAACCCCUAACAUGACUCUCUUAAUGUCAAAAUGCAAUUCUUCGAAGCACUACAUCAACAUUUUUUGUCAGGCAAGUUGUUGGAUCUGAUCUGAGUGACCACUUUUCUUGAUUUUCAUUGGCUGAGAAGAACUGUUACUCUUGUAACUGAAAUGAAACAUCCGACAUCCAGUACAAAAUACAAAAAAGUACUGCAUAUAAAAAAAAUAGCUUGCGCUACGAGCUCGCGUUACAGUAUGCCAUGUAUAGUAAGAUACGCAUCCUCUCCAUGAAUCCCAUAAAAAAGCAUAAAAUGGAUCCUUUUCAGGUCAGUAUAUUAUUUUCAGCUCGUGCUUCUCAUUCGUUUUAUUUUUUUUUUAGUUUGAAUCGUAUCCUUCAGGGGCGUAGUUUUUUUUCCGACAAGUGGCAUACCAAAACCCAUUCUUUCCCCAAACAGGUGCUACAUCUCUAUUUACACGACACAUGUACAGCUUAUCCCCAAAACCUCAAAAUUUAUCAUCUGCUCCUUCUCCCUUCUUCUCUCAUUUUUUUAAUUAUUGUUUUCCUCCUUCUCUUUGCCACUGCCUUCAAUUUUCUUUUUUUUUCUCUCUCUCUAUUCUCUGCUUGUUUUCCUUUUUCUUUUUCCGUCGCCAUUUUCCUUUCAAUUUUUCCCAACGGGAUCGCAGAUUUACCGACGAUAUCCAGAGUAAAUACACAUACAACGAAGACACAAAGAAUGUGGUCAUAUUAUUUUGUUCUCUUUACUCAAUAAAAUAAUGUAUAACGUUAUGUGAUUCAUGUCAAACUAGAUUAGACAUUUAUUCGAUCCAAUUUGGGAAAUACUUUCACUUACAUACAUCCUGGAUGAAUAAACAUCAAGUUAAGGUAUCUAAAGACAGUACUACAUUCGAAAAGAAAGACCCUUUUUUGUUAAUAGACACUGCAUUACAAUGAUCAUUACACAAGUUACCUUGACUUUGCUCACAUCAAAUACUUAUAUCGAGUAAAAUGAAUACAAAUAUUCAAACACUCAUUGUACAUAAUCAUAAAGCGAAAUAUACAUUCAAUAAUACUUGCUAUUACACAAUGAUAAAAUUCAAUCAAUAAUUCAAUAACAUGCUAUCUACGUUGCACAUUGCAGCCUUCGGUAAAUUGCAAUAACCAUGUCUCCAUUGCGAGAUUUAAAAAAAAAGCGAAUCAAAUUCGUACACGUACUUACUUUCAUAUUUUUUCAGCUGUUUGAUCUUAGGCAGGGUUGGGCUCAAUUACAAUUAUAAUUUCAAUUACGUAAUUAAAGAAAUGUUCAAUUACAGUGACUUUUCAACUUAAUUACAUUUUUCCUGUUACAAUUAGCAAUUACUUUUGUAAAUUACAAUUACAAUUUCAAUUACUUUCUAUAGAAGUCAUAAAUGAAAUCAAUUUGUACUCUAUUAUAGCACCACCUAUUUCAACAUAACUCUAAGUUACAGAUAAACUGACAAGGUUAAGGUUUAAUUAUGUUAAAGAGCACGGAUUCUGCCUAUUACACUCUUUGAUGCUGAAGCAGUUGACAUGAAAAAGGUCAUGAAAUUGAAUCAUACAUUAAGCAAGUUUAUUGUAAAGUAAUUUAAUGUAAUUCAAAGUAAUUGACAGUAAUUGGAGUCAAUUACAUUUUUUUCAAUUACAAUUAAUUUCCCUUUCAAAAUUUCAAUUACAAUUACAAUUAUGAUUACUAAAAAAAUUGUAAUUAAGUACGUAAUUGAUCAAUUACCUUGUAAUUGAGCCCAAACCUGCUCUUAAUAAUAAUAGUGAUGGUUAUACUUUGGGGUUUCCUAAAGAAGAUUGUACAAAUUGAUAUAGUUUAUCAUACACUUGCACAUUGCAAUUUAUUGACAGAAUAUGACAGAAAGGCGAAGGAACAAGAUAAAGAGAGUGAAAGUGGGAGAAUAAAUCCAAGUCAUAGAAAAUAUAAUUUUUAUUACAUGAUUGCAUUGAUUAAUAUAAAUUAAGAUUAAAAUAUCAUAAUAUGAAUCUGUAAAGUAUAUGAUAACAAAGUAAAUAAUGAAUUAAAGUGCAUUGCUUUCAGAC